AUGCAAAGGUAUGCGUGAAAAUUAUGAUUGCGUGAAAAUGAAGAUGAAUUCAAGUGAUACCUUAGUAUUCGAAUAUUUUUCUCCAAGUCACUGUAAACGCGUCAGGUCUUUGGAGUGUGUCCUUCGUCAAAUCAUUCCUCUCUAAUUCUUAAUUUUACGACUAAUCUUCGUACAUGGUAUUAACGUCCAUUAAAAUCUAUGAAUGAAAAUCAAAGACGUGAGACGAAAUUAGCCCUUUAACUAUUACGAGAUAUAAAGGGAUAUAAAGCAAAAGAAAUAAUUACUUUCAAUGGCAUAAUUUAUUUAUUCUAAUUAAAAGAGAAAAAUAUUAUAUAUAUGGUCAAAUGAAGUCCACGUGAUUAAAAGUUUUGUCGUAAAUUGAUUUCAGGAUUACGACAAGAAUCUUGCUCAUAGAUUACUUAUGGAAAAGAAAAAAAUAAAAUAAAAAAAAAAAAAAAAUAACAAAAAAAAAUAACAAAAAUGAAAAAAUAUUCGAUCGAGAAAAAAUCUUAAUUCUAUAAGAAAUUCACGUAUCUCGAAUAAUAUUACACGAAAUAUUUCUAGUCACAUGAAAAAGGAAUAAAUUAUAAAAGACUGCAACGUGUACCUUUAUAAAUUAUACAAUCAUAAUGCUAUUACAAUUAGUUUUCUUGGAUGUUACAAUCUAUAAUCUUUAUAUAAGUCUGUAAAUACUCCAUUAUUCAUUUAAGUUAAAUUAUGCUAGAUCACUGGAAUGUAUGUAAUAAAUUAUAUAUAAAUUAACAUGAAAACUGAAAAGUGGAAGAACUUAACAGUGACUGAAAAUUAAUAAAUGAAAUAAAAAGCCAAAAAUCAUCAAAAAGCACAACCUUCCAUUAUAUUUGCUUUAGAACGGAUGAUAAAACUAAUUAUGAGAGAAAAACCCAUUCGAAGUCUUCCUCGAUUUGGCAAAUUACGAGCGAUUAUAUAUACGUAAUCAUACAAUUUUUUUUGCAUAUAUAACAAUUUAUUGCAAAUUAUAUCAUUGGUAUGAUCUCAAAUUUUCUUUUCGAUUAUAAAAAGAAAUUUAAUUUAAGUUCUUCAUUUAAGAUAGAAUUAUCGUGUAAAUAUAUAUAUUUACAUAAAAUCACCCGUAUGAAUGUAAUUACCAAUGUCGUAAUCUUGGAACAGUAUUAUCGUGUAUUUCAGUUAUUUCGUGUUCAUCGUUAAAGAAAAACAAUUAUAGACAGUGUUUAUCUAUUUUUCGUAUAUCACCAAAAAUGUGAUUUGAUAACCAGUAUCCAAGUUAUAAAAUUUGACAAAAGCACAAUUAUUAUAAUUACGACUCUUUUACUACUAAAUUAAGAAGAAAAAAAAAAGAUCUAUAUUGCCACUGGCAUAAGUAAUAACGUCAUUAUUUUCAACUUAAAAAUGUUAACGAUUAAAACCUAAAAUAAACGUUAUGUUGUUAUGGUCAAGAGAACUGAAAUAAAAGAUCAACACUAUUGACAGUUCCGACAAUGUAAAAUUGUAAACAGUCAUAAAUUAUGUACAAUAGAUUAUUCUUUACCUUGGAAACCACGGCGUUUUCUUGGCUGUAAAUAUCCUAUAGAUAGUGAGAGAAACGAAAAAUAUUAUAACUUAAAUUUCUAAGCGACUGGCACAUAAUCGGGAAAAAAAAUAGAAUCGCUGUGACUCACGAGCAAAAACCGUGUUGGUAAGACCACUUAAGUACCUCUAAAAGAAAAUAUCUCUAAUAUGCUGUCCUUUAUAAUAAAUACAUAUAUGCAAUUAUUAA